CAUUGAUCUGGAGAGGGGGGAACCUGGAGAACUCAACAAGCGAAAUAAAUCCGCUUCAGGCGCUUUUGUCGUUUGUGUUGCCGAAUGGUGGUGUUAUGGAUGCUUUUGGACCUUUGUUUGCCUAUUUGUGAUAGGUCUUAAUGUUGUCCACAUGGUUUAAUGAUCAAGAGUUCUCAUAGCGUGUACUAAACAAAACUCCCAAAUAUUUGAGGUGGUUCGCACCGACGAAGUGCCAAGUGAAGCGCUGAAAUCUGUCCGUCUGUACUUCAGUUGAAGUUACUCUGUUGACUCGAAAAGUGUGUUCGGUACUGUGGUCUCUCUCAGCCGGAUUCAAAUGGAAAACAUAUUAGCGACCUCGAUGAUUAUGUAUUUCUGUACUUUGGUGGAAUACUUUGUAUCAACUUUUAAAUACGCACCAAGGAAUAGUAAAUUACUAGAUCAGAUUUAAAAAAAAAAAAAAGAAGAAGAAGAAGAAGAAAAAAGAAAGACAUUGUUGCAAUACGUAUUUUAUGGUUUCGGAUUAACAUUCAUCAACUUGAAAUUUGAGGCUCUGAGAAAUCAGUGUUUCACAAUGGAGGGGGAUCAAGUGUCCUCUCCCGAGGAGCCGCAGGCGGUCAGCGCCGCAUCAUCGGACAGUUUCUCCCGGCUGUGGACGGACGUGAUGGGGAUGCUGGAUGGCUCUCUGGGUAAUAUAGAUGACCUGGCACAAGAGUACUCGGAGUACUACAACACAUACUUCAGCGACGUCAGCGAUCGGAUAGAGGAACUACGCAAGCGGCAAGUCUCUGAAGAGAUAGACAUGGACAAAGCAGACACCAGUUCUGGGUCUUCACAACUGCAUUCAGACCUUCAGGAGUCAUUUGGCUUAAGCAGUGAAGUUUCCACGCCAGAGACGGAGAGAAAAAUUCCUCUGCACAAGUCCAGCUCUGAGGAUGGAUCAGGAAAAUGGGACAACAAGAAGAAAAACAAAUCCUUCUGGCAAAACUUCCGAAAGUCACAGAAAGGGGUCACAAGGCAAACGUCAAAAGGAGAGGACAUUGGCUAUGUGGCCAGUGAGAUCACUAUGAGCGAUGAAGAACGGAUCCAGCUGAUGAUGAUGGUGAAAGAGAAGAUGAUCACAGUGGAAGAAGCGCUGGCACGGUUAAAGGAGUAUGAGAGGAGCAGGCAGUUGAGCUCCAGUACAGACACAGCUGAGUGGACUGAUGGAUCCACUGUUAACCUCUCAUCCGCCUGCAAUUCUGUGGAGCAGUCAGAUGAUGAGCAGGAGGACUCUGUGAAGUUCAAGAGGCUUCACAAGCUGGUCAACUCAACUCGACGUGUUCGCAAGAAACUCAUCAAAGUGGAUGAUAGCAAAAGACAUGGCUCACAAGAUUCUCUAAGUCUGGAUGGAACUCCCUUAUGUGAUGAUUCAAAUGCUCUGUAUGCAGGGAUCCACAAGAAACCAGCGUUGUGCACGGACUCCUCUUUGUCCUCCCUUGCACAAGAGCAGCUCUCUCUGGAUGGGAACACUGAUAGCCUGACCACCUCACCCUCCACCAGCAGCCUUGAGGCCUGGAAACCUGCCCACAAGUUAGUGAAGGCCCCUGGCACACAUCCCCAUGGACUUAUCCGCCCACCACGCAAGAGCAGUGCCGGGUCUGAACUGGGUGUAGCGGGUGGUAGCGGCUCCUCUUUCUCGGAGUUGGAAAGUUUGGGAGACGAAAAUUCUAAAGUCUCCCGAUCAGCGACUGACGGAGAAAUGCGAAAGGCCUUGUCAUCUCUAUCUCAUGGGAGAACGUGUAGCUUUGGAGGAUUUGAUCUGUCUAAUCGUUCCCUCCAUGUGGUCAACAUGGCCUCUGAGCCUAGCGAGCAGGAGGCUCUGUACAGGGACGUAGUGAAAUCCCCCACAACGUCCCGCAUCUCUCUAGGGAAGAAAGUCAAGUCAGUCAAAGAGACUAUGAGGAAACGUAUGUCCAAGAAAUACACCGGGUCGCUUUCUGAACAGUCCAGUACAGAUGGGUCACCCAGUUGUCCUCAGUCACCUCAGCCAGACACAGAUUCUCUAGAGAAGCCCAAACUCAAAGCAGGAGGGUCUGUAGAGAGCCUGCGCAGCUCCCUCAGUGGACAGAGCUCCAUGAGUGGACAGACAGUGAGCACCACGGACUCAUCAGCCAGCAACAGAGAGAGUGUGAGGAGCGAAGAUGGUGAUGAUGAAGAGCCUCCAUACAGAGGCCCAUUCUGUGGUAGAGCACGAGUUCACACUGACUUCACACCCAGUCCAUAUGACACAGAUUCACUCAAGUUAAAGAGAGGAGAUGUGAUUGAUAUCAUCAGUAAGCCGCCCAUGGGCACAUGGAUGGGUCUGCUUAAUAAUAAGGUGGGCACAUUUAAGUUCAUCUACGUGGAUGUGCUGGCUGAAGAAGAGGAGAAGCCCAAACGAGCAGUUCGGAGGAGGAGGAAGGGCAGGCCACCCAAACCCAGCUCUGUGGAGGAGCUACUGGAGAGAAUCAACCUGAAGGAGCAUAUGCCAACGUUCCUGUUUAAUGGGUAUGAGGACCUGGACACAUUUAAGUUACUAGAGGAAGAAGAUCUAGAUGAACUCAACAUCAGAGACCCACAACACCGAGCUGUUCUGCUGACUGCUGUAGAACUACUGCAAGAUUAUGACAGUAGCAGUGAUCCGGAGCGCAGCACCCUCUCUGGCUCACAGGAGAAACUCCUCUGUGAGGGGCGUGGCCUCAUGGCCGACUCCCCACGGGACUCUGGUUGCUACGAAAGCAACGAAAACCUAGAGAAUGGUAAGAGUCGUAAGGCAUCACGCCACAGUCGUGGUUCAUCUGGAUUUGAAUGUAGGGGUAACAAGUCUCCAGACUACCCCACUCUCCCUAUGACUCGAUCCACUGAAGCCCUUCAGCAGCAGGCCAAGAAAGAAUGCAAGCUGCCCAAGACUUUUCUCCCCCGGCCCAUUAAGGGCUUCAGUCUACGAAGCCUUGGCCUCAAGAAGGGUUCCAAAGCAGGACAAACCUCGCACAUGCCAGUUAGCCGUAGCUGUGAGGAGUUGGAUGGCCCCCAGGAGACCCCUCAGUCUUGGAAGCGCUCACAUUCUCUGGGGGAUCUACACUGGGAGCAGUCUUUCGAUCAGAGGAAGGGCCACCAGGUCCAGAACCAAUGUCGCAACACUCAGAGCAGCAAAGUAGAAGUGAAGGUAGAUCCUGUAAAAUCAAAAAAGGAACAGGGUGCAGAUAAGUCUCUAAGUAAUACGGGCUUGGUGGAGAGGCCUACAGUUCCCAAACAGCUGCCCCUUAUUCCGGUCAGACCCUUGCCUUCAGCUCAGACCUACAACCGCAAACCUGCCUCUGUCCCGACUAGCCCCGCUCCACGAACUCAUCCUAAAAAGCCUCCUGUUCCACCUCCCGUGCCUGCUAAAAAGUCAAAGGAACGUCUGCCGAAUGGACUGCGCCACCCUCCACUGGUUCUAUCUGGUUCAGUGCCAAAUACACCAACUUUACCCCCAAAACCUAUACACACCCCAUCCACUCCUGAGGGAGCCUCAUCAACCCCAGUGUCCCCGGAUGAGCCUGGAACUCCUCCAGCUCUAAGUCCACCAUGGUUGUCUGACCUGCCUGAAUCUGCAUGUCCUCAGAUGCAUGGAGCUAAAGUAGCCCUCAGCAGGAAGAUCUCCCACAUCAAAAUGGUUGACCUAGAGACACUGCUGGAGGAGAGGAUGCGGUCAGAAGGGAUUGAUCUUACCGAAGAACCGUACUCUGACAAACACGGUCGGUGUGGUAUUCCUCAGCUCUUAAUACAGAGAUACUCAGAGGACUUUCAGCAGCCAGUGAAAGAUGUGGCAUCCAGUCUGGAUCAGAUCAGAGUUAAACAACUCCGCAAGGAGCACCGCAUGGCUAUUCCCUCUGGAGGUUUGACUGAAAUGUGUCGGAAGCCCGUGUCUCCCGUUCAUGUGAGCUCUGUUUCUGAUUGGCUUGUGUCAAUUGGAAUGCCCAUGUAUUGUGCCCCUCUGUUGGCUGCAGGCUUUGACACUCUGGGCCGUGUGUCGUCCUUAUCCGAGGCGAGAGUGAGAGAGGCGGGGUUAAAGGAGGAGCAUCACAUACGUAUUCUUCUCAGUGAGGCCCAAAUAGUCACAGCCAACAGCUCAGUACAGUCAUAAUACUCACAUGAGCUUUUAUAACUGCCAUGAACUUGAAUAAAUGGAUUGAACUCAGCUGCCAGGUAAAAAGACAUGCUUGAGAUAAGAAAUCUGUCUGUCUUUUCUGAUGUUUUUAUUUGAUAUUAUUAUUAUUAUUAUUCCUAAAAUCUCUCAGCCUUCUCACAUUAACAAAGAUCUGACUUCCAAGGACUGUUACUGAGGACCUCUCAACAGAUGUUUCCAUAGAAACAUCUAGUUUUGGUCUGAAAUGACUGCCUGUCAGAGAAAGCACACUUUGUUUUCAGAGAAUUUAUGCUUUGAUAUGAAUUUAAAGACUGUUAAACCCCUUUCUCACUUUUUUUUUUUUUUUUAGGAAGUUUGAGAUUUAUUUAGAAAAAAAAAAAAAUUGUAAAGGAAAAAAGUUUUUAGUGCUUGUUAAAGCACAUGAAUAUGAAGAGUAUGUCACCUGGCCAAAGCAAUUUCAUUUCACGCAGGUUUUGUUAAUAUAUAAUAUUACUUUUGUCUCAGAACGUAUGUAUACUGAAUAUGUAUAUCAAAAGAUGUGUCCUUUUUGGUAAGUCAUGUAAAGGAUAUGUUUAAAAAAAAAAUCUCAAAAGCAUGAUGUUGCCAUACGGGCAUAUUCAGAGUAAUGCACAUUUUGAUUUCAGGGCAAUAGUUGGUCAUGGUUUAGCAAGUAUGCGUAUGUUUGUACAGAGAGUGACAAACCUAUCUUUUCAUGGUUACAUUUUAAAGCAUCACUGUUUUAUUCUCAGCUUAAGAUAAUAAUGUAUAUUCACAGCACAUUUAAUCUUCCCACAAACAAUAUCCAACAGACAUCACUUACUCAUCUGCUAUCGUUGGAUAGCAACUUUUAUUACUGUAUCAGCUUCCAUAUAUUGGUAAGAUCAAAUUAUGUUGCCUCUGUUAUCUUGAAAAUACUCAUGCAUAUUGCGUACCUCUUAUCAUACUCAUCUGAUGCACCUGAUGCAUCAUACAGCUGUAAUAUGCUUGCUGGAAUGAAAUGUAUAGAAGUUUUUUGUUUUAUUUUGCCCUGGAUUGCCUUGCACAUUGACUGGGGUGUUAAAGACAUGUUGAAUCUUAGGAAAAGCCUCAAGCUCCUUAAAGCACACAGUCUUAGCCUUAAUAUACAGGUCAAUUAAAUAAAAUAAAAUCUGGAAAUGACUAACCUGGAGUUAUUUUCUGAUAUAAGUGACUUUCCAUUAGACUGGAGGCGAAUAUAUUGGCUGCUUCACCAAUGAGAGAGAAGUGUAAAAAUUGGGAAGAAAGGUCAAUGAAGCAUUUUUUUACUAUUUUUAAAUAUCAGGCAAGCUGGUUCUGGAGUCAUGUUACCAUGUCAUAAUGUGUUUAUUUAUUUUAUUUUUUUUUAUUUUAUUUUUUGUGAGAAAAGAAACAUGGUUUAAAGCUCUAUGAUUAUUCCUCCUAUGGAUCUGAUGUUAAGUUAUGUCACUUCCACUCAAUAGCUCUUAUGAACUUACGCUUCUCUAUAGGUUUACGCAGAAUUUCCUGUUUUCAGAAUAUGCUGUGCAGGUGAUGUGUAUGCAUAUAUUAUGAUUUCCAGAUAUUGUGAAUGAUAAAAAUAACAUGUAAGUGUGUGUGUGUGAACAGGUAGAAUGAGGUUUUAUAUGUUAACAGUGGGGCUGGACAUAAUAUUUUCUCACACAUCUGGUGUUGGGUACAUAGAACGUUGUGGAAAGACAGCAUCUGAAUGAAAACUAAGUGUGAAGUGCAAUGUUAGCUGUUGUCUGUUAGUGACAUUACUUAGGAAUUAGUAUGAUGUCAUUGUAGCUCAACAUAUUUACAGUAUUGCAUCACUCCAAAUUAAGCACAACAAAACAACAUUCUCCCAAAUUCAAUCAGGCUGUUUUUGAUUUGGCACACACAAAACUAAAGUGAAAACCAAAAAUGUAGGUGCUUCUUAAGAUCUCAUUGUUUUCCAGUUAGUCCUACAGCAAAAGUACUGUACACAAGUCAUGCUUCCUUAAGGCCUUGUGGUUUUAGGAAAUGGUUUAUUUUUGAAUGAUCACUUUAGAAUCAUUGUAUUUCUCCCUUGUUAAACUUUUGUAUUUAAUACAGCACAAUUUAUAGAUUGUAACGCUACAUUUUUAAUGACAAUUUUCAAAUAGCAGUAGAGAAUUAAUAGAUUCCUUUAUCUCAGAAUGGAUGCCUUCAAAUUGCUAUCAGUUGAGUGCUUUGAUAACAAUGAGGCUUUUUUAUGUAAUUAAAAAAUGAAACUAUAUUUCAGUAAAUGUUACUGUAAAAUGCACUUUAUUAAAGAAUGAAAGUUGUUUUUAAUUCCAUUGCAGAGAAAAUGAAAUUGACCAUUUUUUUUAUGUGUGAGCAUAUGUUUGUUUUCAGGUCAUAUGUUAAAAGACUAAACAGGCUCAGAUGGUCACUGACAAGAACUGUUUAAAUAUACAAUCUGUUAAAAUUGUAAUCACUUAUUAAUAAAAUAACUAACCAUGA